CACAAGAACAACUCACAAACUCUUCAAGUCUUGCCAGAAGUCUUGCCUGAGUCUUUGAUCAGAUUACAGCUACCUAACUACUGAUAAUGAACGCUUAAACUGAUCAGAAUGAGUGAAGACAGUCAGAUAACAUGAGCAGAAACACAAGCAGCUGUUGGCUGAACUCCUCAGAUGUAAUUGAGUUCACAUGACAGAAUCACACAGGAAACAAGAGACACAGAGAGAAGAAACUUCCGUUUUCAGAUGCUGGUAAAGCGAAAGCAGGGUUGAAGGACGACAGAAGCACAUCUGUCUUCUUAUUAUCAUCAUCAUCAUCAUUACAGACGCUGAUAUGCUGGUGAUCAGGUUUGUUCUGGUUCUGCUGUGGGUGUCACUGGUCUGUUCUGAGAUCAGACAUCUGACUGAUCAGUGGAUAGCCUGGAAAUCUCAACACAACAAGACCUACAGAAACACAAACGAGGAGCAUCACAGGAGAGGCAUUUGGGAGCAGAAUCUUCUGGAUAUUCUGAAACAUAAUGAGGAGAUGGCCGUCGGUCUUCACUCAUACACCCUCGGACUGAACCAGCUCAGCGACAUGACUUCAGAUGAGAUCAAUCAGUUGAAUGGUUUACUGGAGGAAGAUUUUCGUGAUGUCAACGUAACAUUCUCACCUCCAUCACACCAGUCCCUCCCACCACGUGUCAACUGGGCGGAGCAAGGGAUGGUCAGUCCCGUCCAGAAUCAGGGCCCGUGUGGCUCAUGCUGGGCGUUCAGUGCCGUCGGUGCUCUGGAGGGUCAGAUGAAGAAGAAAACUGGCUCUCUGGUCCCGUUGAGUCCACAGAACCUGAUGGACUGCAGUGUGAGUUUGGGGAACCGUGGCUGCAAAGGCGGAUAUCUGAGCCGAGCCUUUCUCUACGUCAUCCAGAAUAAAGGCAUCGACUCCAACACCUUCUACCCGUAUGAACACAAGCAGGGUGCAUGUCGAUACUCUGUGACGGGAAGAGCCGGAUAUUGCUCAGGUUUCCGGAUUCUUCCACGCCACAAUGAAGUAGCACUGCAGAAUGCCAUUGCUACCAUCGGACCCGUGUCUGUCGGUGUCAAUGCCAAACUUGCUUCCUUUCACAGAUACAGAAGUGGAAUCUACAGUGAUCCGAAGUGCAGCUCUGGACUGAUCAAUCAUGCGGUUCUAGUUGUGGGUUACGGCUCAGAAAACGGACAAGACUACUGGCUGGUGAAAAACAGCUGGGGAACGGCAUGGGGUGAAAAAGGCUUUAUCCGCAUUGCACGAAAUAAAAACAUGUGUGGGAUAUCCAGCUUCGCCAUUUACCCCACCAUGUCAUCUGAGCAUAUCUGAGCUUCCUGUCUGGGACACUGAAGCAGGAAAUAUCUUACCGAAUAUAUAUUGAUUUUAUGAAACAGCUCAAACCUUUGACAAAAGCAAAGAACACACCUUCAAAAUGACACAUAUUUGAAAUUGAUAUUAUUGGAUAUAAACUGAUACUGCUCCAAUAUUUACAAUUUAAGGGGAGGAGCAUUCUCUGUCUAGAGAGCAUUUGAUUGGACAAAAAUGUCAGUGAUGUCAUCAUUAUUUUUCCAAGCCAGAAUGUAAGUAAACAUUAAAAUAAAUGAUCCAUUGUAUUUAAUCAAUUAAACUUAAAAAAAAGAUAAAAAAUACAUAAAAACUAUUAAAAAAAACCUUAGAAUAUAUUGAAUCAUAAAAAUGUGUUAUGACUUUAAUUAAUUGUGACACUGAAAUGAGAGAUUCAGUGUUUUAUGUGGAAAUCUUUUUGUCUUUUUGUGUUUAUGUUGACUGCUGUAAGAAUAAAUGAAGCUCAAAGUUUGAUUAAAAUGAUUAAAAUAA